AUGGAUCUCAAGUCGCUGACACUAGACGGCCACAUCUCAGUCAAGCAGUUCAUUCGGAACGUCCGCGCCGCAAAGACAAUCGCCGACGAGCGCGCCGUCAUCCAGAAGGAGAGUGCAUCCAUACGAGCCAGCUUCCGCGAGGAAAGCCACGAUCACCAGGUCCGGCGAAACAAUGUUGCCAAACUGCUAUACCUUUUCACCCUGGGCGAGAGAACCCAUUUCGGUCAGAUCGAGUGUCUCAAGCUUCUCGCGUCACCACGCUUCGCCGACAAACGUCUAGGCCAUCUGGCCACAAGCUUGCUACUGGAUGAGAACCAGGAGGUGCUCACAUUGGUGACCAACUCGCUUCAAAAUGACCUCGGCCACUCGAACCAAUAUGUCGUCGGACUCGCCCUCUGCACCCUCGGCAACAUUGCCUCCAUCGAAAUGUCUCGAGACCUGUUUUCCGAAAUCGAAAAGCUGGUGUCGACCGCGAACCCGUACAUUCGAAGAAAAGCCGCUCUCUGCGCCAUGAGGAUAUGUCGAAAGGUACCAGACCUGCAGGAACACUUCGUCGAGAAGGCUACUGCCUUGCUCCAGGACAGGAAUCAUGGUGUGCUCCUAUGUGGACUGACACUCGUGACGAGUCUCUGCGAGGCAGACGAGGAGGAGGGCGGAGAGGAGGGCAUAGUCGAGAAGUUCAGGCAGUUCGUACCCAUACUGGUCAGGACACUGAAGGGACUUGCAUCCUCUGGCUACGCCCCUGAACAUGAUGUCAUGGGCAUCACGGAUCCGUUCAUACAGGUCAAAAUCCUGCAUCUGCUCCGGGUUCUUGCCAGAGGCGACGCCCAGAUCAGCGAGCAGAUCAACGACAUUCUCGCGCAGGUUGCGACAAACACCGACUCCUCUAAGAAUGUCGGUAACUCGAUCCUAUACGAGGCGGUGCGAACGAUUCUGGACAUUGAAGCCGACUCUGGUCUAAGGGUGCUCGGCGUCAACAUCCUUGGCAAGUUCCUCACCAACAGGGACAACAACAUCCGCUACGUCGCACUCAACACUCUCAUCAAGGUUGUCGCAAUCGAGCCGAACGCUGUACAGAGGCACCGAAACACGAUCCUUGAGUGUCUAAGAGACCCGGAUAUCAGUAUUAGGCGGCGAGCCCUUGACCUCAGUUUCACGCUCAUCAACGAGAGCAACGUUAGGGUGCUGAUCAGGGAGCUCUUGGCCUUCUUGGAAGUCGCGGAUAAUGAAUUCAAGCCCACCCUGACAACUCAAAUCGGCAUCGCAGCCGACCGAUAUGCACCGAAUAAGAGGUGGCACGUCGACACCAUGCUGAGAGUCCUGGCGUUGGCUGGAAAUUACGUGAAGGAACCCAUCAUGUCUUCUGUCAUUCGACUUAUCGCGACGACCCCCGAGCUCCAGACAUACGCGGUGCAAAAGCUGUACACAAGUCUCAAGAAGGAUAUCACCCAGGAGAGCUUAACACAGGCAGGAGCAUGGUGUAUUGGAGAGUACGGUGAUGUGCUGCUCAGGGGUGGGCAGUAUGAGGAGGAGGAGCUAGUCAAAGAGGUCAAGGAGCACGAGAUCAUUGACCUGUUCUCCACCGUCCUGAACAGCAACUACGCCACCCAAGUCACCACGGAGUAUAUCGUUAACGCAUUGGUCAAAUUGACAACCAGGCUGUCAGACGCGACGCAAGUCGAGAGAGUCAAGAAGUUGCUCCAGAACCACCAGGCCAGCUUGGACGUCGAGGUCCAACAGCGUGCCGUCGAGUAUCUGAAUUUGUUCGACCACGACCAGCUUCGGCGCGGUGUCCUCGAAAAGAUGCCACCGCCGCAGAUUAAGGAAGAGAACCGUGUCCUCGGCGAAAAGUCUGCCAAGGAGAAGAAGAAGGCGAAUAGGAGAUCAAAGCCUAUCAAGGUCUCGGAACAAGAUCUGCUCAUGGAUAUCAUGGGCGACAGCGCCCCGUCUCCGGCUCCUGCCAACGGUAACUCUCAGAACAAUGCGGAUCUUCUGGCUGAUAUCCUUGGUGGGACGACCUCACCGCCGCCAACUUCAUCAAACGCCGGCACCCCCGCCCCUCAAUCCAACGCGGCAGGUGCCGCGGCGCCGCCGUCUUCAGGUCUUGAUCUCCUCGGCCAGAUGGGUUCAGGGUCUCCCGCACCGCAAGCAGCAGCAGCACCGGCAGGCUUCCCCUGUUACAACAACAACGGCGUUGUGGUGACGAUUGCCACGCAGCGCAACGCAGAGGGCAUUGUGCAGGCCGUCGCGCGGUUUAGGAACGCGUCAGGGGGCCCGCUGUCGAACGUCGGAGUGCAGGCGGCUGUGCCCAAGAGCCAGAAAUUGCAGCUAAACAGCAUAUCAAACUCGGAGCUGGCGCCAGGGACCGAGGCUACGCAGGCUAUGAGGAUUCAGGGAGUCAAAGGGCCUUUGCGUCUGCGGUUAAGGGUCCAGUACGCACAUCCCUCGGCCGGGCAGGUAAUGGAUCAAGUGAACUGGGCGGAGCCUUCUUGA